AUGCCAAAAGUAGCCCUUGGUACUGAUGCUGCAUGGGGCAGUUAUCUCCCAUUCGCCAUUUUGCUUUCAGCAUAUCUUCUCAUUGCUAGAAUGCUCCGGUACAGACGAGCAGAAGCCAUACAAGCAGGAUUCAGCAAUGGCAAGCGACCACUGUCGAGCAUGACAACAAAAGAAGCAUACGACAUUAUGACACAGCUUCAAGAGCUCGAGUUCCCUUACACAUUUGGCAAAGCCCGAGCAAUCGCCCUGCUCAAGGCAGGUGGAAUCCCGUCAAUGUCUAAGCUGUUUGCCGUCACCGGACAGAACACCAGACGAAAUGCCGGAAAGCGUGCCGUCGACACCGAAAUCUUGCUGCGGGAAGUACAAUCGAAAGACCGCCAAUCAAUCCGAUACAUGGAGGCAGUAGCUCGGAUGAACUACCUGCACGCACGAUACCGUAAAGCCGGUAAGAUCUUGGAUGAAGACUUGUUGCAUACUCUGGGCGAUGGGCUCUUGGAGUCUUUUCGUACCGUGGACACUGGGGAAUGGCGAAGCCUCACUGAUGUGGAGAGAUGUGCUAUUGGGAUCUUCCACAAGAACUUGGGCGAGGACAUGGGGAUUCCGUUCACGCCUUUGCCAUCUUGCCAAACUGGAUGGGAUGAUGGGCUUCAUUUUGCGAUGGAACUGAGAGACUGGACACUUCAGUAUGAAAAGGAGGUGGCGAAGCCUGUGGCAACUAACGAUCAGUAUGUCAGAGUCUACGUUGACUCGGUCACUGCUGCUUUGCCGAAGCCCUUCACUACACUUCUCCGAAAGGUGCUUGGUUACGAACUGGACGAUACGAUGCGAAGCAGUCUCUGCAUCGAAAGCCCAGGAGUACUCCUUAAAGCCCUUUUAGCCAUCGUACAAACCACCCGGAAGCUUUCCCUCCGAUACCUAGCUCUUCCAAGGCCCUCCUUCCUCGCUGUCAAGCUUGUCGACGACAAGCCAAACCCAGCAUCCGGCUUAUACAACUUCAGACACCUUGGCUUCCAGCCAUGGUACAUCAAGCCCGAUUUUUGGGCAAAAUGGAGCCCAUCGGCUUUACUUAUGAGGGUUUUCGGUGCAAGGGCUCCCGGGACAGCUGGCGAGAGGUACCGUCCUCAGGGUUAUGAUUUGAAGACGAUAGGUCCACAGCCUCAGGAGGGAAAGGGGCUUGAUGAUAUGAUGGCGACUGUUGAGUAUCUCAAGUCGCGUGGUGAAUCUGGGUGUCCGUUCUCUAAGAUGGGGAAAAACUGA